AUGGGCUUCACGAACUUUCUCGGUUCCUCCACCGAUAAACUACAGUCCUCCCGCCCCAAGCCAUCCCCGUCUGUCGCCGCCAAUAACAACCCCGAUGUAACCCAAGCCCAGAGUUCCGAUGCCAUUCUCAAUCAUGGAUAUAUAUAUGACGAGGCACACCUGCGCAAUCUGCCACCCGACUGCCCCGAUCUUCGCGAACUCAAUAAUAGCCUCGAGGCCCUUGCCGCCGUCUUCCCUGAUAUUCAGAUCCAAGUCUUCCGCGAGAUGCUGACCAAUUUCGACGAAGACUCUAGGCUGGCUGUGGUCGCCGACGCCCUCCUGAAAAAUCGCGUCGCAUGGGUGAAGGGUCGCUGGAGAGUACCUGAACACCAGCACAAUGAGCCCGCGCUACCAGACUCGAAAACGGAUCAAGAGCAGCACCCCCUGAUUCCUCGUGUCGAGACCUUCCGAAGCCCUGAUUACAAGCAGGCUGUCCAAGCGCUAGCCUGGCACGAAUUUAAGGGCCUCUCCCGCUCUACAAUCAAUGCUGUUCUUGCCGAGUCAAAUUAUUCCUAUCUUGAUGCUCGGAAAACCUUAGUAUCUCUUUCUUCCAAGUCAUGGCGCUUUACCAUAUCCUCCCUCUUCUUGCGCCGGAAACCUGUCGCUACGGGAGACGCCGAAAACCAUCCCCUGAUUGUCUGGAAGUCAACCGGCCAAGGCGCUAUUGUGCCGUCUUUGAAGGCUACGAGCAAUGCUGAAUUGGAUCGCGAACUGUACCGUGAUUUGAUUCAACCACUGAAAGAGCGAACUAGGCGAACCCAGGAGGAGACGGACCGGGGGUUGGCUAUUCUUUUAAACAGCGAACAGGCCGAGGAGGUUGGCGCCCUACACGAGUGUGCUUGCUGUUUCACCGAGUCUACCUUUGAAGAGUUCACCAAUUGCAACACCGACGGCCACAUGUUGUGCUUUCGUUGUGUUCAGCAUUCCAUCAAGGAAGCUGUCUUUGGGCAGGGUUGGCACAGCAGCAUUGACCCGGAUUCUGGGACGCUCAAGUGUCUGGCAGUUGAAGGCAACGGCUGUCCUGGCCAUAUUCCAUACGACCAUCUGCACCGCGCGAUGCUGGAAGAGAAAAAAGGCGCCGAAAUUUUGCAUAAACUUGACCAGCGCUUGGCAGAGAAUAGUCUGCUCGCAUCUAAUGUGUCACUGAUCCGAUGUCCCUUCUGCGAAUACGCUGAAGUAGACGACAUCUAUCUUCCGGCCCACGAAACACAAUUACGUGUCAGACUCGACAGUAUUCUCAGUCUUCUACUAAUCGCUGUUUGUGUCGUCACGGUGCCUCUCUUUCUGCCUGUGGUGCUGUUGUCCUCUUUUGUGUGUCUUUUGUUAAGCACAAAACAAACGGUAGGCGACCACCUCGUGGCGCAGUGGAACAUGGCCAUUGGCCGUCACCGACGACGGCGCCGCGGCCUGAAAUUCACCUGCCUGAACCCUGACUGCAAAAAGAACUCUUGCUUGUCAUGUUCCAAAUCGUGGACCGAUAUACAUGUGUGCCAUGAAUCAUCUCUAGUUGCCCUGCGUACACAAGUCGAGCAGGCUAUGAGCAUGGCUAUCAAGCGUGUUUGCCCUCGUUGUCAUACAUCUUUUGUCAAGAACUCAGGCUGCAACAAACUUACUUGCCCUUGCGGUUACAAAAUGUGCUACGUAUGCCGGAAAGAUAUUGGCGGCACUAACGGUGAAGGCGAAGGCUACAGGCAUUUUUGUGAUCACUUCAGGCCGGACGGCGACCCCCGGCCGUGCACCGAGUGUACAAAAUGCAAUUUGUGGGAAAGUGAGGAUACAGACGUGGUGCUAAGACAGGCCAAGGAGGAAGCCGAGGAGAAGUGGCGGGAGACAGAGAAGCGGGAGCUCAGUGGGGCCGAGAAAGCUUUUUUGGAGACGGGCUUCGCUAGGAACGGGGUCUCGCCGGUCGAGAGUUACCUAAAGAGCGGACGAGUGCCUACCUUAGCUGAGGUGUGCGAUUUUGUUGUUGAGGCCGUCUUUGUAUAG